GGAUAUUUCAAGUUUCCUCAUUUCCAGUAGAGCUGACGGGGAUAUGUUCCUGAAGUUGCGAUAGUGAUUUGGUCAUUUUAAAGCAUUUUUUUUCUCAACACAAACACAUAUAAUUACAUCGAUAACAUUUAGCGGAAGAACAGACGUCAGUUGCGAGAAGACAGUUUGAAUUCAGAUUAAAAAGGAACACUUUAUUGAGGGUUGGUAAAACUAUAUAUUUAAGCUAACGAAGGACAGCCACCAUGUCGUGGGAGGAAUUCCCUUGUUCGCUGGACUCGCCUCAAGCCGUCUUGUUCUGCGAUUGAGCUGGUAAAUAGAAAAGUAAAGGGAACUUCUUGCCCAAGAGUCAAUGAGGCUUACAAGUUUCAAUACAAGUUAGUGCACACCAGAUUUCUCUAGCUUGCUAGCUCGUAAGCUAUGGCGGACAGCUUUGGAGAAGAGUACAGCGGCAGUUCCCAUGACUUAGGCGUUCCCGGACAAGGUAGCGGUGCCUUCCCGCUGCCCACUUUAACCAACUCUUUGCCGGGAGAACAUCCUGCAGCGAGCGGUGCGCACCCUAGCCCGAACUCGGCCUCUCCUUCUCCGACUACAGCGGCACUGGGUGGCCUGACCGCUGUAGUGUCCCCUAUGUCUGCUGUUACCUCUUCUGCCACCGGGUUUGGGAACACAUUUACCUCCGGCUCUUCGAUACCUGUCGUGGCCGUGUCCCCGAUCGUACACACGUCCUCACCCCUGCCUGGUGUCGGCCUGGGGGUGGCUGGAUUGGCAGGAGGGGGCCUCUUGUCCCAAAUCCACGCCACUUCCUGGGACCCGACUCUUAGUGCAGACUGGGACAACGAGAAGGCAUCCCAGCAGUGCAUUUUGAGGAUAAAGAGGGAUAUUAUGUCCAUAUACAAGGAACCCCCCCCUGGGAUGUUUGUUGUUCCGGAUCCUCAAGACAUGACCAAGAUCCACGCUCUGAUCACAGGACCGUUUGACACACCGUAUGAGGGCGGCUUCUUCCUUUUCUUGUUCCGCUGUCCCCCAGAUUAUCCCAUCCAUCCACCCCGGGUGAAGCUCAUCACAACCGGACAAAACACAGUGCGUUUUAACCCCAACUUCUACCGCAACGGCAAGGUGUGCCUCAGCAUCCUGGGGACAUGGACUGGCCCAGCAUGGAGUCCAGCACAGAGCAUAUCAUCUGUCCUCAUCUCCAUUCAGUCCCUGAUGACGGAGAAUCCCUAUCACAAUGAGCCCGGCUUCGAGCAGGAGCGCCACCCAGGGGACAGUAAGAAUUACAAUGAGUGUAUCCGCCAUGAGACAAUGAGGGUGGCUGUAUGUGACAUGCUGGAAGGCAAAGUUCCUUGUCCUGACGCUCUGAGCGUGAUGGAGAAGUCCUUUCUAGAAUACUACGACUUCUAUGAGGGAGUCUGCAAAGAGAGGCUGCAUCUGCAGGGUCAGAACAUGCAGGUAAAUCUAUUUUAUUUUGAACUAUUUUUUAAAAUCGUUAUAUCUGAAACAUCGAGACGAUGACAAGAGCUUGAUUAUCACCUCAAGGUCAUACACUCAAAGAAAUAACUCUUUGGAUUAACAUAAAAAAAUCAUGGAAAGGAUUUCCACCUGAUUACUUUGCUUUGUUUCAGCACUAUGCAAUUCUGUUACUCCAAUCUAAAGCAAAUGUUUUGGUUCAACUUAAUUUAUUAAGGUAAUUCCAAUUU